AUGUGGUAUGUCCGUCCUGAUGGUUGGCUGGUUGUCGAGUGCUUGUCGAGCUCCUUGCCCCACACUGUGGAUUUCUCCGGGAAGGUGCUGGUAGACCGAGGCGAAGGCAAUGACAGAGAGCCCUUCGUUACGAUUACGUCUCCUUCGUGUCAUCGCGAGCGCUACCGGUCGGAAGAACUGAAGCUCCAGACGACCGAGGAGGUCAAAACUCUGCUCAAGCUCGUGGGACCCGUGCUGCUGACGCGCAUGUCGACUGCGGUUGGGCUGGGACUCGCAUCCGCGCUCGAUACGCUCUGCUCUCAAGCCUACGGAGCGCAGCGCCUGGAUAAAAUCGGAGAUUGGUACGCUGAAGAAAUUCUCACGUUGCUGGGCCAAGACGCUGAAGUUGCGCGCUUGUCGGCCAGUUUUUCGCGCUGGAUGCUGCCUGGGAUUCCGUUCCUCUACGCCUAUGAGCUGACGCGAAAGGCGCUACAAGCACAAAAUAUUUUGACGCCCCUCGUCAUCAUCGCGGUGGUAGGCAACGCUGUCAACAUCGGAUCUGGGUACUUGUUGGCGUACCACACUGCAAUUGGUUUCGACGGUAUUGCAAUUGGGAGGAGUCUCGGGAAUAUGAUUCUGCCGCUGUGUCUGAUCCCGUACUUCAUGUGGCGGCCUCACCAUUUGAAGCAGUGGUGGGUUUCCCCCUGGAGUUCCAAGAUCGCCACGAGUCACCUCCAAGUGUUCCUGCACCUUGGAGUCCCCGGGAUGCUGAUGAAUGCGAUGGAAAUGUGGGGACUGGAGGCGCUCUCGAUCCUGUCUGGCUUUUUGCCGGAAAGUGUCGUGGCUGUGGCGGCCCACUCAGUGUUGGUGAACGUGAAUCUGCUCGUCUACACGAUUUUCUCAGGACUUUCGGUCGCUGCCAACAUUCGAGUAGGCAACUGCAUGGGCGCCUGCUGCCCAAACAAGGCAAGGCUAGCGCGAACCGUAGUGCUCCGGAUCACGUUUGGGGUGGCGUCUACGUUUGCGCUAGUACUGUACCGCUUCAGCGACGUAAUACCCCGCUUGUUCCUUUCCGCCGGUGACAGCGCGGAGCUUGCCUCCAAGGUGAUGGCGAUCUGGUCCCCCUCUUACAGUUGCUGA